AUGGCGUUGCCUAAACGAAUCAUCAAGGAGACCGAGCGUCUCAUGGCAGAGCCAGUUCCUGGCAUCAACGCCGUACCUCACGAAGAUAACCUGCGUUACUUCGAUGUCUCCAUUCACGGACCGGCACAGUCUCCAUACGAAGGUGGCAUUUUCCGCCUCGAGCUGUUCUUGCCAGAGGACUACCCGAUGACUCCGCCCAAGAUUCGCUUUUUGACCAAGAUCUACCAUCCCAACAUUGACCGCCUGGGGCGGAUUUGCUUGGACGUCUUGAAGAAUAACUGGUCUCCCGCUUUGCAAAUUCGCACGAUUCUUCUCUCCAUCCAGGCUUUGCUGGGAGCCCCCAAUCCUGACGACCCGCUUGCCAAUGAUGUUGCUCAGCGCUGGAAGGAGGACGAGCCAGCAGCGAUACAGACUGCCAAGGAGUGGACUAGAACCCACGCAAUGACUUAG